CCAAAGGGUUUAAGACACAGGCUCAUGUCUCUCUCUCUCUCUCUCUCUGUACAUUCUGUCUGUCGGGGUUUGUGGAAGAGGGGAGUGUGAUCAGGCCAGGUGGAGAUCGACGACGGAGUACACAACAACAUCAACAUGUGGAGGGGAAUGCAAUUCCGACAAGCUCAAGAGCCUAACCACCCACCACCACCACCACCAUCUCUAGAACCCUACUCCGCCCGUCUCAUGAAUACCGGUUACGUUCCCCACUACCCUGAACUCAUUUCUCUAGCCCCAAACCCUAACCGUAACAUCCCAUUCGAAUCUCUCAGCAUUGGGCUGAGGCCGCCUGGGAUGACCAAUGCUCAUCUCCAGACGGCGGAUUCCCGCGCCGCGGCGUCUUAUGCUGAUCCGUAUCUCUUCAACGCUGUGCAGAGCAGGGCACUGGAGUUGGUUCGGAACUAUGGGUCUGAUCUUCGUCACUGUAUGACUGUUGGACCAGUACCUGCAAAUGGGAUAGACCAGUUGGCUUCUGCAGACUGGAACUUGAAAUUGCAGACUAAUGCAAGACCACAUGGAAAUGGAAAUGGAACUAGGAACAGGGGCCAAAAGAAAAACAUAAUUGUGCAAUCAGCAUGGUGUGAGAUUUGCAAAGUCGAGUGUAACAGCAAGGAUGUUCUCGACACCCAUAAAAUGGGAAGGAGACACAAGAAGAACCUGGAGAAAUUAAACGCAACUGCACUUCUCCCUCCCCCUUUUGCUUGGGGAUCAACUAAUCCUGUAAUUGGACCAAAAGAAAAUCCUUUUAAUGGACAGACUGCUGCUAGUCAAGAAACUAGAAAGAGGGCACCUGCACCCAUUGAUGAUAUGGACGCAAAGAUAAGGAAGAUUUUGAAAAGUGGUACUAUGGCAGAAGCCAUCAGGACGUGCACAAUUUGUAAUGCGGUAUGCAAUAGUGAUACUGCUUUCAGUGCCCAUCUUGCAGGGCAAAAACAUGCUGCAAUGGUGAACAGCCUCAUAGAUGGUGCAGGAGGGCCUUGGAAGCACGCAUGAUUGGACAGUAAAACAGAGACUGUAAAUCAUCUAUUUUGGUUCUCGGCUGGCUGUACAUGUUUCUUCGUCUUUCAAGGUGGACUACAGUUUUAUAAGCAGUGAUGAUACAAGUAUCUUAGAUUUCAGUAAUUCUAAAAUUCAGACAGAAAAGCAAGUUAGUGUUUUGUAAUUUAGUUUUGGAUCCUGGCCAUUUCGGUGGCUGUGGGGAUCAGUUCUGGUUAAAGAUGCAAAUAUAGGAAAGCUAGCCGCAGACUUUGAAUAUCGUCACGUUAAUUGAGUUUCUUAUUUGACAACGUAUAUUCCUUCACCCCCUCGUGAAUAUUUUGUACAUGUAAAACAGUAUAAUCUGUAUAUGUAAUUAGAAGGAACCAUCUGGAACUACCUAAGGCACACGCUUAAGAUACUUGAAAAUGGAAGCUAUUUGUCUUACAGGUUAGUGAGUAUGCAACAAUGACAGGAACUGCAAUGAAAAAAGAUGCAAGAUUUAUUGCAUUAUGAAUUUAUGAUA